AUGUGUGCCACCCGGAUGCCGCCCCUGGCGCACAUCUUCAGGGGGACAUUCGUCCACUCCACAUGGACCUGCCCCAUGGAGGUGCUGCGGGAUCACCUCCUUGGUGUGAGCGACGGCGGCAAAAUAGUGUUUUUGGAAGAAGCAUCCGAACAAGAAAAGCUGGCCAAAGAAUGGUGCUUCAAGCCAUGUGAAAUAAGAGAACUGAGCCACCAUGAGUUCUUCAUGCCUGGGCUGGUCGAUACACACAUCCACGCCCCUCAGUACUCUUUUGCCGGGAGUAAUGUAGACCUCCCGCUUUUGGAGUGGCUGACCAAGUACACAUUUCCUACAGAACACAAAUUCCAGAGCCUCGACUUUGCUGAAGAAGUGUAUACCAGAGUUGUCAGGAGAACACUAAAGAAUGGAACAACCACAGCUUGUUACUUUGGAACAAUUCACACUGACUCAUCGCUGCUCCUUGCGGAAAUUACAGAUAAAUUCGGGCAGCGGGCAUUUGUGGGUAAAGUCUGCAUGGAUUUGAAUGACACUGUUCCAGAAUACAAGGAAACCACGGAGGAAUCAAUCAAGGAAACAGAGAGAUUUGUGUCAGAAAUGCUCCAAAAGAAUUACCCUCGAGCGCAGCCCAUAGUGACACCGCGCUUUGCCCUUUCCUGCUCUGAGACUUUGUUGGGUGAACUUGGAAACAUUGCGAAGACCCGUGAUUUGCACAUUCAGAGCCAUAUAAGUGAAAGUCGUGAUGAAGUUAAAGCUGUGAAAAACUUAUACCCUGGUUAUAAAAACUACACAGAUGUGUAUGAUAAAAAUAAUCUUCUGACAAAUAAGACAGUAAUGGCACAUGGCUGCUACCUUUCUGAAGAAGAACUGGAUGUAUUCAGGGAACAAGGAGCAUCCAUCUCUCAUUGUCCCAAUUCUAAUUUAUCGCUCAGCAGUGGCCUUCUCAAUGUGCCAGAGGUCCUGAAACAUGGAGUGAAGAUAGGGCUGGGUACAGAUGUGGCUGGUGGUUAUUCAUCUUCCAUGCUUGAUGCAAUCAGAAGAGCAGUGAUGGUUUCCAACAUCCUUUCAAUUAAUAAGAUAAACGCAAAAAGCCUCACCCUCAAAGAAGUCUUCAGACUAGCUACUCUUGGAGGCUGCCAAGCCCUGGGGCUGGAUAGAGAGAUUGGAAACUUUGAAGUGGGUAAGGAGUUUGAUGCCCUCCUGAUCAACGCCAAAGCAUCUGACUCUCCCAUUGACCUAUUUUAUGGGGAUUUUGUUGGUGAUAUUUCUGAGGCUGUUAUCCAGAAGUUCCUCUAUCUAGGAGAUGACCGAAAUAUUGAGGAGGUGUAUGUGGGCGGAAAGCAGGUUGUUCCCUUUUCAAGCUCAGUGUAAGACCCUAAGCAUCUAUGAGUUCUCCUGGGGUAACACAGUUCUGCAUAUUCUUGUGCCCGGGCAGAGUUAGGAAGUCAAAAAACAGUACCUUGUUCUUGGGAUGACUAUCUCCUUCUGCAUCUAGUUACAGUAUUCACUUGACAAAUCGUUUGAAGGAAGUUGUGCUAAUUCUCAAUUCUUUGGUUGGGAGGAUUAAAAAUUUCUCCUUUUUGAGCUGUUUAGAUUUACUUUAAAGUUCAAACAUAAGGGAAUAUUAUUACUGGUGGUGGUCUUAUUGUGAGAUUUAAAUGAAAUCUAUUUCACAUUUGGAAAUGUGGAAAGAAAAGAUAUUCCUAUAAGGUUAGAUAUUUUGAGCUAGUAAAUGUGAAAAUUAGAAAACAGAAAAUGAACUAGUGAGUAUAUUUUUAUGAGGGAGAAAAAGUUAGACUAUGAACAAACGACGGAAAAUCACUUCAGAUUGUGUCUGAAAAUUAUAUACUGAGCAUACUAAUUUAAAAAGAGAACUU